AUGACUGUGGCCACCCGCGAAGUUGACGCUUGGAAUAGUUCUCUUAACAUUCCUUUGCAAGAUGAAGAUAAGGAAAUCUAUGACCUCAUCCAAAAAGAAAAGUAUAGACAGUUUUCCGGUCUGGAACUGAUUGCGUCUGAGAAUUUUACCUCUCAGGCUGUUAUGGAAGCGAAUGGAUCACCAUUGACAAACAAAUAUUCUGAAGGCCUUCCGGGUGCUCGCUAUUAUGGUGGUAAUGAAUAUAUUGAUCAGGUUGAAAAUCUAUGUCGCAAAAGAGCUUUGCAAGCUUUCCAAUUGAAUCCCGAAGAGUGGGGUGUAAAUGUACAACCUUAUUCUGGAAGUACCGCAAAUUUCUGUGCUUUAACAGCUCUGCUUCGACCUCAUGAUCGAUUAAUGGGUUUAGAUCUACCUUCAGGAGGGCAUUUGACUCAUGGAUGGCAAACCUCAAAGAAAAAAAUUUCAACUUCGUCAAUAUAUUUUGAAUCCAUGCCUUAUCGAGCUAAUCCAGAAACUGGUUAUAUUGAUUAUGAUAAACUCGAAGAAAAUGCUAAUCUUUUCCGUCCCAAAUUAAUUAUCUGUGGUGCAAGUGCGUACUCACGUGAUUUUGAUUAUGUCAGACUUAGAAAGAUUGCCGAUCAACAUGAUGCAUACUUGUUGGCUGAUAUUGCUCACAUUAGUGGUUUGGUUGCAACCCGUGAAGCGAACAACCCAUUUGAAUUAUGUGACGUUGUUACGACAACUACUCACAAGACUCUAAGAGGACCGCGUGCGGGUUUGAUUUUUUUCAGAAAAAAAAAGGAUGAAUUAGAAAGUCGUGUAAACAAUGCUGUCUUCCCUUCUAAUCAAGGAGGGCCACAUAAUAAUACCAUCGCUGCUAUCGCAGUUGCCCUUAAGCAGGUAGCCACUCCUGAAUUUCAACAAUACGCAAAACAAGUUCGUGUUAAUGCUAAAGCUUUAGGUGACGCACUUAUAAGUUAUGGGUACAAAUUAGUAACUGGCGGAACUGAUAAUCAUUUGAUCCUUUGGGACUUGAAACCUGUUAAAUUAACUGGUAGUAAGGUUGAGAAAAUUUGUGACAUGGUUAAUAUAACACUCAAUAAAAAUUCUGUCCCUGGUGACGUAAACAUGGUAUCUCCGGGUGGUGUACGUAUCGGUACGCCUGCCUUGACAUCAAGAAGUUUUAAAGAACCAGACUUUGUGAAGGUGGCAGAAUAUUUGCAUCGCGUAGUACAAAUUGCCAUUAAGGUCCAGGAAAAAUCAGGUAGCAAAAUGAUGAAAGAUUUUGUUAUCGCAUGUCAAGAUGUCGAAGAAAUUUCUGCUCUGAAAAAAGAAGUAGAGGCGUUUGCCACUAAUUUUCCCAUGCCAG